AUGGGCAAAUAUACCAAGACUGCCAUCCUAUCAGUUUAUGAUAAGACUGGUUUAUUAGACUUAGCCAAGGGAUUGGUGGAGAACAAUGUUCGUAUCUUAGCAUCCGGUGGUACAGCAAACAUGGUCAGAGAGGCUGGUUUCCCAGUGGACGAUGUUUCCUCAAUUACGCAUGCACCCGAAAUGCUAGGGGGCAGAGUGAAGACUUUACAUCCUGCCGUUCACGCAGGAAUUCUUGCCAGAAAUCUAGAGGGUGAUGAAAAGGAUUUGAAGGAACAACACAUUGAUAAAGUGGAUUUUGUCGUAUGUAAUCUCUAUCCAUUUAAAGAAACUGUGGCUAAAAUUGGUGUUACAGUUCAAGAAGCCGUUGAAGAAAUUGAUAUUGGUGGUGUAACUUUAUUAAGAGCCGCCGCAAAGAACCAUUCAAGAGUGACUAUUCUUUCGGAUCCUAACGAUUAUUCUAUCUUUUUACAAGACUUGUCUAAAGAUGGGGAAAUCUCUCAAGACUUAAAAAAUAGAUUUGCACUGAAGGCGUUUGAACAUACAGCUGAUUAUGAUGCAGCCAUUUCUGAUUUUUUCAGGAAACAGUACUCCGAGGGGAAAGCCCAAUUACCUCUAAGAUACGGAUGUAAUCCUCACCAAAGACCUGCACAAGCUUAUAUCACUCAAGAAGAGGAAUUACCUUUCAAAGUGCUUUGCGGUACACCAGGAUACAUAAAUCUUUUGGAUGCCUUGAACUCGUGGCCCUUAGUGAAAGAAUUAUCCGCAUCAUUGAAUCUGCCUGCUGCGGCGUCAUUUAAGCACGUUUCUCCAGCAGGCGCUGCUGUGGGGCUUCCAUUAUCUGAUGUGGAAAAGCAGGUUUAUUUUGUAAACGAUAUGGAGGAUCUGUCACCUUUGGCAUGCGCAUACGCUAGAGCCCGUGGUGCGGACAGGAUGUCAUCAUUUGGCGAUUUCAUUGCGUUGUCCAAUAUUGUGGAUGUUGCGACAGCAAAAAUAAUUUCGAAAGAAGUCUCUGACGGUGUUAUCGCUCCUGGGUAUGAACAAGAGGCAUUGGACAUACUAUCCAAAAAGAAAAACGGGAAAUACUGUAUUCUACAGAUCGAUCCGAACUACGUUCCUGGUCAAAUGGAAAAUCGAGAAGUCUUUGGCGUCACACUGCAACAAAAAAGAAAUGAUGCAAUAAUUAAUCAAUCCACUUUCAAGGAGAUUGUCUCGAAGAAUAAAGCGCUUACCGAGCAAGCCGUCAUCGAUUUGACCGUUGCCACCCUAGUUUUAAAGUACACACAAUCAAAUUCCGUCUGCUAUGCCAAGAACGGUAUGGUCGUGGGACUUGGGGCCGGUCAACAAUCACGUAUACAUUGUACUAGAUUAGCUGGGGACAAGACGGACAACUGGUGGUUGAGACAGCACCCAAAGGUUUUGAAUAUGAAAUGGGCUAAAGGAAUCAAGAGAGCAGACAAAUCUAACGCCAUUGAUCUUUUCGUUACAGGGCAAAGAAUAGAAGGUCCGGAAAAGGCGGAUUACGAAAGCAAAUUUGAAGAAAUUCCUGAACCGCUCACUAAAGAAGAGAGGCUGGAAUGGCUAAGCAAAUUAACCAAUGUGUCGUUGUCAUCUGAUGCUUUUUUCCCCUUUCCCGACAAUGUUUAUAGAGCUGUGCAAUCUGGUGUAAAAUUUAUCGCGGCUCCCUCAGGAUCUGUGAUGGACAAGGUCGUAUUCCAGGCUGCCGAUUCAUUCGAUAUUGUCUACGUGGAAAAUCCGAUUCGUCUAUUCCACCAUUAG